AUGGCAACAUCACGCGAAGAAGUAGAGUUCAAGACACUUGAUGGACUUACGUUGAGAGGGGUGUUGUUUCCCGCAAAGAAGCACAGCCCUGCCGUGAUUUUGGCUCCUGGUCUGAAUUGUCCAAAGGAACUGCUACUUCCCGACCUAGCAGAGAUUUUCCAACGGGCAGGAAUAACCUCUCUGAUCUACGACAGUCGAUGCGUGGGCCAAAGCGACGGAAGUCCUCGCAAUGAGACCGAUCCCUUCAAGCAGCUCGAGGACCACAUGGACGCUCUGAGCUAUAUGAGAACACUGGACAUCGUGGACCCAAACCGUAUCGGAUACUGGGGCAUGUCGAGUUCAGGAACCACGGUAGCCUGUGCGGCUGCUCUCGACCCUCGAGCCAAAUUCAGCAUCAUCGUCUGCCCACGCAUCAGCUUCACGCCGCCAAAACGGCUGCAAGGGAUCCUGCUAAAGUGCAUUCGGGACCGCGAGUCUCAGCUCAGAGGCAACACGCCGGCAACUGUCAUCCUAGCAUCGUCCAAGGGGGAGUCUCUAGCCGACGACCUGACUGUGGCAGGGGCAGCGCAGGCCUCCAAAUGGAUGGCCAAUCUUGUGGAUAAAGGGUGGGGUCAUAUGAACCGCAGUACGAUACAGUCGUAUUAUAAGAACGUCAUAUGGCAGCCGAGGCCGAUUUUGAAGCUUGCUCCUUCGGCGCCGCCGUUGAUGAUGCUCACGCCCGAGCAGGACGAAAUAGCACCUACGGCAGACCAACUCGCUUUUUACGAUGAAUUGAUAGGGCCUAAACGACUUUAUGUUGCCCCUGGUAAAGGUCAUUUGGAUAUUCUGACAGAUGAAGAUGCGCCAAUUUUGAUGAAAAUGCAGGUGGAUUUCAUUCACAAGGUUUUGGACGGAACCUUGGAUGAUGAUGAGGAUGAUGAAGAGGACUAUUAG